AUGUUGAAUAAGAAAAAUAUUAGAAUUUUAUCAAUAACUGCAUUGUUAUUGGUGGUUAUAUACUUAUUGUUAUCCUCCUCGGUUACAAAUUCUAUAAUCAACAACGGUGAAGCUGAUGUUGCCAGGCAACAAGCAACUGGUAAAACAAAGACAAGUAAGAACUUGGUCAAUUUGGAGAAUGUUGAAGAUCCAGAAAAAGUUCAACAAAAGUUUGAAGAACAACAAAAGGAACUUGAUCAUGAAGUAGAAGAGAUUCAGAAAUUAAAAGAUCAAUUAAAAACUCAAGAAGAAAGAAUAGAAGAGUUAGAAGAAUACACUCCUGGAUCUACUACUGAAACGUCAUAUGAUGCUAACACUGAAUAUAACCAGUUAAUUUUAAAGUAUCCAGUAAUUAUAUUUUCAAAAAGCUACUGUCCAUACUCUAAAAGUUUAAAGGAGUUGUUAGUUGGAAAAGGGGAAUAUAUCUUUGAUCCUAAACCACAAAUCAUUGAAUUGGAUUUAGUUGAACAUGGUAGUGAAUUGCAAGAAGUUGUUGGUAAAUUAACCGGCAGAACAACAGUUCCUAAUUUGAUUAUAAAUGGAAUUAGCAGGGGUGGGAAUGAUGAGAUACAAUUGUUAGAAAAAGAAGGAGGUUUAUUUGAUAAAUUAAAAGAGUGGGGUGGUGUUGAAGUUCAAAUCAGUAGCAGCGUUUCUAAUGAGGCUGGUGUUAAUAAUAUUUGA